AUGUUCAUCCGCCAAUUUGCUAGUAGCUGUGUCCAGGACACGACCAUUUUCGAUUUGGUAAACCUUAAACAAGGGAAAGAGGAAACGCUGAAGGCGUUAAUGGAUUGCUACCAAAAACUCGGUCGGAGGGCGAAGGGUCUUAACCCCGAGUUCACCCUCCAAUACAUCCUGCCAGCCCUCAAGCCCGGGCCGUUCAAAGACAAUGUCUGCCGGUGCGCCCCAAAGACUAUGGAGGACUUGCAUGAAAGGGCGGUUGACAAAAUCAGGGCAGAAGAGAUGAAGCUAUCGUACAAGAAGGAAAGUCAGGAGGCACAGAGUGAAAAGAAGGACGGUAAGAAAUUUGACAACCAGUCAAACAGGCCCGAAGGGGCCAAGCAAAGGGAACCACCCAGAGGGCCGAGGUCCCGGUACAACAGUCGCUCAGUCCGCGACGGCGAAGCCCGCUACAGUCGGACGAGCGUGAAAGACCAAGACAUGGUCGAAAUUUACUGCUCUCGGUCCGAGAAGCAGAGAAUUCGAAGCCGCGAAAGAAGUAACGACAGCCCGUUACGAGGACACAUUAACACAAUCUCGGUGGGGGGGGUUGCAGGUGGAGGUUCAUCGUCCUCCGUGCGGAAGCCCCACAUCCGAGCAUUGCGAUCCGUCCAUGCAGUGGACAGGUCUAGGAGAACCAUGCCACCCAUUACCUUUACAAAUGAGGAUUUCCACGCCCUCGACCCCGACCACGAUGAUCCCAUGGUCAUCACCGCAGAGAUAGCCCGCUACAGCAUAAGCAAAGUGCUCAUCGACCAGAGAAGUUCAGUAAACAUCCUCUAUUGGAAGACAUUCCAACAAAUGGACAUUUUGGAUGAUUUAAUCAUCCCUUAUAAUGAGCAGAUGGUGGGGUUUGCAAGUGAAAGGGUGGACACUAGGGGAUACGUCAACCUACGUACUCGCUUGGGGAAUGACCGGGACACCAAAGAGAAACGAGUGCGAUUCCUAUUGGUUGAAGAUAACACUUCGUAUAACGUCCUCUUAGGACAACCGUGUUUAACGCCUUUGGGGCUAUUGUGUCAACUCCACACCUCACCAUGA